AUGGAAAAGCUAUCUGUUUUGUGGGAGAAACUGUCUUUAUCGGAGGGAGAGGGGAAUAUGUACAAGUCUGAUUCCUUUGAACGGGGCAGUGGACAAGUGGUCGCGGCCAAGUUUCUCACACACAGAGCACUGAACAUGGAGGCUAUUGCUAGAACGUUCAGGCCUCUUUGGCGGACCAGGAGUGAUUUCGAAGUAAAGGACGUAGGAAACCACACGGUUUUGUUCGUGUUCUCAGAUAAAACAGAUGCGGAGAGAGUUCUCUUAGGGCAACCAUGGAGUUAUGAUAAACAUCUUGUUUCGCUUCGCCGCCUGGAACAGAGUAUUGCGGUUAAGGAUUUGGACUUCAAUAGGACGUUCUUCUGGGUGCAAAUCCAUGAUCUUCCUAUUGGUGAUAUGAAUCCUCGGUCCGCUUGUGAGAUAGGUGCGAUUAUUGGGGAGGUACAAUCGGGGAUGAAAGAAUGGGGAACUCAGGACGGCAGUAGUUUUAUGCGUCUUAGAGUGUUGGUGGAUACUUCGCAGCCACUUUGCAGGGGACGAAAAAUCUGUUUGGAGGAUGGCACGGUUGGAUGGGUUCGGUUUAAGUAUGAGAGAUUGCCUAACCUGUGUUAUUGGUGCAGACUCUUAACGCAUAGCGAUAAAGAUUGCGAUCUGUGGGUUCAAAGUAGAGGAAGCUUGACUGAGAGUGAUCAGUAA